UUGGGUAAAGGAAUUUUUAACAAGCAACAUCAUCUGCUGUUUUUAUACUUUGGUAUGGCUGAGAGGGCCCAGGAUCCUGGGUCUGUCAACAUUCCUAUGGAGGAGACCAUCUGCAAAGGGGCUGCUCAAGAGGCAGCUUUACUAAUACAUCUGAAGAAGGUUGAGAACCACAUCUCAGAAGCUCAACGCUUCUCUCAUCUUCCAAAGCGUUCUGCAGUUGAUGUGGAGUUCAGAGACCUGUCUUACACCAUUCGUGAGGGGCCAUGGUGGAGGAAGAAAGGUUACAAAGCAUUGCUCAAGUGUCUCUCUGGCAAAUUUUGCAGCCAGGAGCUGGUUGGGAUCAUGGGGCCCUCAGGGGCCGGCAAGUCCACCCUGAUGAACAUCCUGGCAGGCUACAGGGAGACAGGAAUGAAGGGGAAGAUUCUGGUGAAUGGCAAGUCCCGGGACCUCCGGACCUUCCGAAAGAUGUCCUGCUACAUCAUGCAGGACGACAUGCUCUUGCCGCACCUGACUGUACGGGAGGCCAUGAUGGUGUCUGCCAACCUGAAGCUCAGUGAAAACCUGGAAGUGAAGAAGGAGCUGGUGAACGAGAUUCUCACAGCUCUGGGACUUCAGGAGUCUUCCCACACACCCACCAUCUCUCUGUCGGGGGGGCAGUGCAAACGCCUGGCCAUCGCCCUGGAGCUGGUCAACAACCCACCUGUCAUGUUCUUCGACGAGCCCACCAGUGGUCUGGACAGCGUCUCCUGUUUCCAGGUGGUCUCCUUGAUGAAGUCCCUGGCCCAGGGUGGUCGCACCAUUAUUUGUACUGUCCACCAGCCAAGCGCCAAGCUCUUUGAGCUCUUUGACAAGCUGUACAUCUUGAGCCAGGGACAGUGUAUCUACAAGGGGACUGUUCCUUCCCUCAUCCCCUACCUGAGGAACCUGGGACUCCACUGCCCCACAUACCACAACCCUGCAGACUUCAUCAUUGAGGUAGCAUCAGGGGAGUAUGGAGAUCUGAACCCUAUUCUGUAUGAGGCUGUCCAGGGGGGCAUGUGUACUGUUGAGGAAAAGAAGAAUCCCGGAGAGAGGAAUGACACUGAACAUCCCAGUCAACCACAGCAUCAAACCGAACCGGGUCACACUGAAAGCCACACGUUUGCAACAAGCACUCUGACCCAGUUCUCCAUUCUCUUCAGACGAACCCUGAUCACCACGUGCAGGGACACGGUGCUGACACACUUGAGACUGAUGUCACAUAUCUGUAUCGGGGUGCUGAUUGGCCUGCUCUACCUCAACAUCGGCAAUGACGCCAGUAGAGUCUUCAACAACACCGGGUUCCUCUUCUUCUCCAUGCUCUUCCUCAUGUUCGGCGCACUGAUGCCCACCGUGCUCACCUUUCCUCUGGAGAUGUCUGUGUUUCUAAGGGAACAUUUAAACUACUGGUACAGCCUGAAAGCCUACUACCUGGCCAAGACCAUGGCUGACAUUCCAUUCCAAGUGAUUUGCCCCAUCAUGUACUGCAGCAUUGUGUACUGGAUGACAGAACAACCCCCGGAGGCAGGGCGCUACAUGCUCUUUAUGGCCCUCGCCACCUCCACGGCCCUCGUGGCCCAGUCUCUGGGCCUCCUGAUCGGGGCCGCCUCUACCUCUCUUCAGGUUGCCACCUUCGUGGGCCCUGUGACCGCCAUUCCUGUUCUCCUCUUCUCUGGCUUCUUUGUAAACUUUGACACCAUCCCCAAGUAUCUGCAGUGGAGCUCCUAUGUGUCUUACGUCAGAUAUGGUUUUGAGGGGGUGAUCUUGGCCAUUUAUGGAAUGAAUCGCUCUGAGCUGGAGUGUCCAGGGAGGGUAUGCAAAUUCCAGAAGCCAGAGGAAGUUCUACAGCUCCUGGACGUGGAGGAUGCCAAACUCUACGUGGACUUUAUGGUACUCGGUGUCUUCUUCCUAGUACUACGGCUGACCACCUACCUGGUACUACGCUACAAGGUCAAGUCUGAGCGAUAGGCUCUUCCUUACACAUCCACAGAUCAAAAGGCACACAAAAACAGAGUACCUCUUUCAAACUUGGAAUCCAAACAGUGAAGGAAAUGCAAAUGGAGAUAUACCAUAUCUGGGGUUGUGUUCCUUGUACGGAUCAUGACGCAGCGAUAAGGUCUCUGCAGGUGGGAAUAUAGGCCAUUCCCUCCCACACUGCCAUUUUCUUUGGUGUGGCCAACCAUUCUUUGGAUGACACUAAUGCAGAGGACUCCAGAGGGAAAACCAUGAAACCAACCUGGACAUGGAACAGUUUCACAACAGUCUUUGAAAGCUGUUAGCUUUGCAAACGGAAAAGUCCAUGCAUUCAUCUCAAAAUGAGAAAGA